CAGAGGCAGCCUCCAGCUUAGCAUAGAAGAUACCACUGAAAUCUAUCCUCUUAUCCUCAACCUAACAGAGCCCAGUACAAGAACCAAAUGUGAAGACAAGAAGAAACAAUAAUCGCAUCAAAGAAUUACAUAUGGCGUCUUUACUGGGAACUUCUUCUUCUACUGCAUUUUUAUCAUCUAGGCCUUUCUCCUCCUCUUCCGUAACCAAACCUUCCUUUCCUUCUCUCUCCUUAACUCCAGGGCUGACUAUUGGAAGGAAGUAUUGUAGAGGAAUUGGAAUUCAGAGCAAGAAGGGAAGGUCUCAGUUCCAUCUUACUGUUACCAAUGUUGCAACUGAUGUUAGCUCGGUUGAGCAGGCUCAGAAUGUUGCUGCUAAAGAAAGCCAGAGGCCAGUUUUUCCAUUUGCUGCUAUAGUAGGACAGGAUGAGAUGAAAUUGUGCCUUUUGUUAAAUGUGAUUGAUCCCAAGAUUGGAGGGGUCAUGAUUAUGGGUGAUAGAGGGACAGGGAAGUCUACUACUGUUAGGUCCCUGGUGGAUUUACUUCCAGAAAUUAGCGUAGUUUUCGGUGACCCGUAUAACUCAGAUCCAGAGGAUCCAGAAUCCAUGGGUGUUGAAGUUAGAGAAAGCAUCAUGAAAGGGGAGGAGCUUUCGGUUGUGCUGACCAAAAUUAAUAUGGUUGAUUUGCCAUUAGGAGCUACUGAGGAUAGGGUCUGCGGAACAAUUGAUAUUGAAAAGGCUCUCACUGAGGGUGUCAAGGCAUUUGAGCCUGGCCUUCUUGCUAAAGCUAACAGAGGGAUUCUUUAUGUGGAUGAAGUUAACCUUUUGGAUGACCACUUAGUGGAUGUUCUUUUAGAUUCUGCUGCCUCAGGAUGGAACACAGUGGAGAGAGAGGGUAUUUCAAUUUCACAUCCUGCACGCUUUAUUUUGAUUGGCUCUGGUAAUCCUGAAGAAGGGGAGCUCCGGCCCCAGCUGCUUGAUAGAUUUGGGAUGCAUGCACAGGUGGGAACUGUAAAGGAUGCUGAGCUCAGAGUGAAGAUAGUGGAAGAAAGAUCUCGGUUUGACAAAAAUCCCAAGGAAUUCCGUGAUUCUUACAAGGCAGAGCAAGAGAAGCUGCAACAACAAAUUUCAUCAGCUAGGACUGCUCUUUCUCAAGUGCAGAUAGAUCGUGAUCUGAAGGUAAAGAUUUCCAAGGUUUGUGCAGAGCUGAAUGUUGAUGGAUUGAGAGGAGACAUUGUGACUAACAGAGCUGCAAAAGCUCUUGCUGCUUUAAAGGGUAGAGAUAAAGUAAGUGCAGAGGAUAUUGCUACUGUAAUUCCCAACUGUUUAAGACACCGGCUGCGGAAGGAUCCAUUGGAAUCUGUUGACUCGGGUUUGCUUGUCAUUGAGAAAUUUUACGAAGUUUUUAGCUGAAGAUGUGCCUUACUACAUUUUUGUUAAAUCAUAAUUGUCUUUCAACUGUUUUCUUUAUAUUUUCCUUUUUCGUUAUCUCUCUUACAUUCUGCGAAUAUAGACAGGUUAUUCCUGUUUUUGUUAAGUAAAUUGUAGUAUAUUGAAGAACAUGAAUGUUGAGUUCCCUCUUCUAUUUUUAUCAAAGUUUGUUCAUUUUUGCA